GUUAGCACUGGACACUGGGAACCAGUGGGGAGAAUCUGGUUGCUCCCAGUCCUGUCUACAUGGGUCUGGAGUCCCUUUCACGGGAGUGUUUUGGGACCGAUUUCAAGUUGCUGAGCACUGGAGCGGGCUCUGGUGUAAUCCCGUGUUUGUGGAGGACGCCCGGCUGCCGUCCAAAACGAUGCAUUUUUCAUCGCAGGCUCUGCAGCCUUUGUGCGUGAUUCAGGCCUAAAGCAUCUCAGGCCCCUCGUUUGCCCGGUGUUUUGUGCCCGUCCUGCACACGUGGCACUUCCGUGCCAGGGUCUCCGUGCUGAGACUCGUGGCUCCCGAGCUUUCGGCCCCCUCCCUAUGGAUGUCUGUGUCUUGCAGGUUACGAAUUGUGGAGCUCACCCUCCCCAAGGUGUCCCUGAGGCUGCUCCCUGGCAUCGGCGUCCAUCUGAACUUGUACACCAGAGUAGCCCUCAAUGGAAAGAGUCUCCUAGGCUUCCUUGACAUCGCUGUGGAGGUGAACAUCACGGCAAGGGUCCGGCUGACGAUGGAUGGCACAGGCUACCCCAAACUGCGGGUAGAAAACUGCGAUGCCCUCCUCAGUAAUAUUAAAGUCAGACUUCUCCGAGGCUUGCUCCCCAUUGUGGAUAACUUGUUGGCACGGGUCCUGAAUGGACUCCUUCCUGGCCUGCUCUGUCCCGUUGUCGAUGUUGCCCUGGGACUCGUCAACGAUCAGCUGGGUCUUGUGAACUCCCUGGUGCCACUGGGUGUACUGGGAAGUGUCCAGUACACCGUAUCGAGCCUUCCACUAGUAACUGGCAAGUUCCUUGAAGUAGAUUUAAAUACUGUGGUUGGGAGCGUCGGAGGAGGCCUCCUUGGCUACCCCCUGGGCAAGCCAGAAGCUGUCCCUAUGCCGCCUAGGGUACCGAUGGCACCCGGGGUACCGAUGGCACCUGGGGUCCCGAUGGCAUCCGGGGUACCGAUGGCACCUGGGGUACCGAUGCCAGCACUGCCGCCGAUGGAAGAUAAGACCUCCUCCCAGCUUGGCCUCUCCGUAAACUUCCUUAGCUCUGUGAUAGCUGUCCUGCAGAAACAAGGGGCUCUAGAUAUCGACAUCUCGGAUGGGAUGUUUCCUGAGCUCCCUCCAUUAACGACAUCGACUCUUGGAGCGUUGAUUCCUGCGGUUUUUCAGAAGUACCCCGACUCCCGGGCACUGCUGCUGAAGGUCGUGGUCCCUGACGUUCCCACGGUGACUUUGGCCAAAGAUAAAGGCUUGAUACACCUUGUCGCGACUGCCGAACUGAUGGUUGCCCAACCCAGCGAUGCCUACAAGACCCUCUGCCGGCUCAAUAUUGACGCUUCUCUGCUGGCCCAGUUCUCCGUGGAAGACAACAAACUGAAGAUCAGCGUCAGCCUCGACAAGACUCGUCUCUCCUUGGCUUCCUCCACCCUUGGCAAUUUUGAUAUCUCACUUCUGAACGUGCUGGUUGGCAAGAUUUUUGAUGUCGCCUUCCUGCCAGCAAUGAAUAGCGUGCUGGGAGAAGGUGUCCCUCUCCCCAAGCUGCUCAACAUUGACUUUAACAACGCUGAUAUCGAUAUCAUUGAAGAUCUCCUUGUGUUAUCUGCGUGAGCCCGCGAAGCCAGACUGGGAAAGAGUCCUGUGGAUUUAUCCCUCUCCCACUUGGAAGACAGAAGUGAAGUCCAGUCCACCGGAAGGCCCCGGAGUGGGUCCCCUUCGUACCCAGCGCAUUGAAACGAGACCUUAGCUCUCCCGUACAACAGCUCUGUCCCGUCCACCGCUUUAAUCAAACGUAGCUUGUCUGCUUGGGGCUGUGGAGCUCUGCACCCCUGUUUGCCGCAGCUUGUGAUUGUCAGGAACAUUUUGGUUCA